ACCGGUUGUUGUUCGAUGGCUGGCAACACACUCACCGGCCCUGCGGAGGCUACGGCGGAGCCCUCGUUGCCCCCCGGCGCGAACAUUCAACGCAUCUGGUUUGAGGCCCCGAGUCCGGAGGAGAAGGCGGACUGGAUGGCCAGCCUCUUGAGUAUUCAAACCUCUCGGUGA